CUGCGAUCCGCCUCUCACUCACUCCCGGCCGCCCUUCCUUUCUCCCUCCGCCGCCCGAGCACCAGCCGCGCUCCGCGCUGCCCCCGGGGUCCCUCCCCCGCCGCCAGAGGAGCAGCUGCUGCCGCCUAGCACAUUAGGAGGGCGGAAGGAAGGAGAGCGGGGAGCAAGGGGAGCCGGAGCGCCUGCCCAGAGGCAGCCGGUGAAUGGGCUUGUGGUGACCCCCACCCCCCACCCCACCCUCCCUUCCCACCCGACCCCCAACCCCCAUCCCCAGUUGGAGCCGCCGCCCGUGAGGCCGGGCCGUCGUCUUGCGAGGAGUCCCCGCCGCCGUCACCUCCGCCAUGGAGCUCAUCACCAUCCUCGAGAAGACCGUGUCUCCGGAUCGGCUGGAGCUGGAAGCGGCGCAGAAGUUCCUCGAGCGUGCGGCCGUAGAGAAUCUGCCCACGUUCCUUGUGGAACUGUCCAGAGUGCUGGCAAAUCCAGGAAACAGUCAGGUUGCCAGAGUUGCAGCUGGUCUACAAAUUAAGAACUCUUUGACAUCGAAAGAUCCAGACAUCAAGGCACAAUACCAGCAGAGGUGGCUUGCUAUUGAUGCUAAUGCUCGACGGGAAGUCAAGAACUAUGUUUUGCAGACGUUGGGCACAGAAACUUACCGCCCGAGUUCAGCCUCGCAGUGUGUGGCUGGCAUUGCCUGUGCAGAGAUCCCAGUAAGCCAGUGGCCAGAGCUAAUUCCUCAGCUGGUGGCCAACGUCACAAACCCCAACAGCACAGAGCACAUGAAAGAGUCCACAUUGGAAGCUAUUGGUUACAUUUGCCAAGAUAUAGACCCAGAGCAGCUACAGGAUAAGUCCAAUGAGAUCCUGACUGCCAUAAUCCAGGGGAUGAGGAAGGAGGAGCCGAGUAACAAUGUGAAGCUGGCUGCUACCAANGNACUCCUGAACUCACUGGAGUUCACCAAAGCAAACUUUGACAAAGAGUCUGAAAGGCACUUUAUCAUGCAAGUGGUCUGUGAAGCCACACAGUGUCCAGAUACAAGGGUGAGAGUGGCUGCUUUACAGAAUCUAGUGAAGAUAAUGUCCUUGUAUUACCAGUAUAUGGAGACAUACAUGGGUCCUGCCCUUUUUGCAAUCACAAUUGAAGCAAUGAAAAGUGACAUCGAUGAGGUGGCUCUCCAAGGGAUAGAGUUCUGGUCCAAUGUCUGUGAUGAGGAAAUGGAUUUGGCCAUUGAGGCUUCAGAGGCAGCAGAACAAGGACGGCCCCCGNAGCACACCAGCAAAUUUUACGCCAAGGGAGCACUGCAGUACUUGGUGCCCAUCCUCANACAGACACUGACUAAACAGGAUGAAAACGAUGACGACGAUGACUGGAACCCUUGCAAAGCAGCUGGGGUGUGCCUCAUGCUCCUGUCCACCUGCUGUGAAGAUGACAUUGUGCCGCAUGUCCUUCCCUUUAUUAAAGAGCACAUCAAGAACCCUGACUGGCGAUACCGGGAUGCAGCAGUGAUGGCUUUUGGCAGUAUCUUGGAAGGACCAGAGCCUAAUCAACUUAAACCACUAGUCAUACAGGCUAUGCCCACCCUAAUAGAAUUAAUGAAAGACCCCAGUGUAGUUGUUCGAGACACAACAGCUUUUUCCAGUCUGGCUGAAGCUGCUUAUGAAGCUGCAGAUGUAGCUGAUGAUCAAGAAGAACCAGCCACCUAUUGUCUGUCUUCUUCCUUUGAACUUAUAGUUCAGAAGCUACUGGAGACCACCGACAGACCUGAUGGACACCAGAAUAACCUGAGAAGUUCUGCAUAUGAGUCUCUAAUGGAAAUUGUAAAAAACAGUGCCAAGGAUUGUUACCCUGCGGUGCAGAAGACCACCCUGGUCAUUAUGGAACGACUGCAGCAGGUGCUUCAGAUGGAGUCCCAUAUCCAGAGCACAUCUGACAGAAUCCAGUUCAAUGACCUCCAGUCUCUACUCUGUGCAACUCUUCAGAAUGUUCUCCGGAAAGUGCAGCAUCAAGAUGCUUUGCAGAUCUCUGAUGUGGUCAUGGCCUCCCUGUUAAGGAUGUUCCAAAGCACAGCUGGGUCUGGGGGAGUGCAAGAGGACGCCCUGAUGGCAGUCAGCACACUGGUGGAAGUGUUGGGUGGUGAAUUCCUCAAGUACAUGGAGGCCUUUAAACCAUUCCUGGGCAUUGGAUUGAAAAAUUAUGCUGAAUACCAGGUAUGUUUGGCAGCUGUUGGCUUAGUUGGAGACUUGUGCCGCGCCCUGCAGUCUAACAUCUUACCUUUCUGUGAUGAGGUGAUGCAGCUGCUCCUGGAGAACUUGGGGAAUGAGAAUGUCCACAGGUAUGUGAAGCCACAGAUUCUGUCUGUGUUUGGUGAUAUUGCUCUUGCCAUUGGUGGAGAGUUUAAAAAAUACUUAGAGGUUGUAUUGAAUACUCUACAGCAGGCCUCCCAAGCCCAGGUUGACAAGUCAGACUUUGACAUGGUGGAUUAUCUGAAUGAGCUAAGAGAAAGCUGUUUGGAAGCUUAUACGGGAAUCGUCCAGGGAUUGAAGGGAGAUCAGGAAAACGUACACCUGGAUGUAAUGCUGGUACAGCCCAGAGUAGAAUUUAUUUUGUCUUUUAUUGAUCACAUUGCUGGAGAUGAGGAUCAUACAGACGGAGUGGUAGCCUGUGCUGCUGGACUGAUAGGGGACUUGUGUACAGCAUUCGGGAAGGAUGUACUGAAGUUAGUAGAAGCUAGGCCAAUGAUCCAUGAACUAUUAACUGAAGGGCGGAGAUCGAAGACUAACAAAGCAAAGACCCUCNCCACGUGGGCAACCAAGGAACUGAGGAAGCUGAAGAACCAGGCUUGGUAAGCUCUUGUCUGCACUCUCAGG